AUGUCGGCUGUUGCGAGCACGUCUGCGUACUCGUACACGGGCAAGGAUGCGGCGGCGAAGGAGAGGGAGGACCGUCUCCUCGCGGCCAAGAAGAAGCUCAAGCUCUACCGGCAACGAACGAACCAGCGCAGUUCCGCCUCCUCGAUUCUCAGCGGCUCGUCCACCACCCCUUCCUCAUCUCCAGUCAAGGCCACACGACGACAGUCUGGCUUGACAUCGUCCAUCUCGUCCGCCGCCGACUUUAGCGCCAAGCAUGCGCACCGACGGAGUCAGUCGAAGAGCGGCCUGCUCGCGGCGAUGGGCGGCGACGCGUUGAUAGGAGGUGUCGGAGCCGUCGGGCACGCACGACGAGCGUCCAAGUCGCGCAUGUCGAGGAGCUCGAUCAGCUUGAAGAAGGCGGGACACGGUCACACUCGCUCGAGGGCGAGCAUCUCGAUGUCGUUCUCCGGACCUGCACCGACUCUUGCACCUCAAGCGAGCGGGUCCACGGAUCGGCCGAUCUCGCCAACACCUCGCACAUCAGCAGGCGACCGGCCAGCGGCCCUCACGACGCCUUCCAGCUGGCUGCAAGGCGGAUCUGGCUCGUUCCCCACCUCGCCGGAACUCGCACGACCACCCUCCUUCUCUACAAACGCCUACGCCUCGUCUUCCACGCUUGCCCGCCCGACUUCACCUCUCCCUCCAGCACCUGCGCCCGGUCCUCCACCUCAACACGCGCGUCGAGGUUCACGGCACGCCCGCCAUUCGUCCGUCUCCAACUUUCGCGAGUCGCUCGACAUCGUCUCGAACGGCACGGUCAACGACGCAUCCCUCCUCCGACCCGCCAUCUCGUCCUUUGCCGAAGCUUCCAACGUCUCGCCCUCGUCCAGUCCCUUCCCUUCCGCCUCCGUCUCGGCCUCGUCAAGCUGGUCGAACGACCCCCACCAGGUUCUCGCAGCGCUGAAGGAGCGAGGACGCCGAGAAACCGAGGAUGGCUCGCGGAGUCCGGAAGAGACGCGGCAGUCUGCGCUCGAGGCGCUCGAAGGACGACUCGCGGCUCCUAGCGAGAUGAUCUCGCUCGGCGACGAGGCGCCAGGCGAAUUGCUCGCUGCGCCUCGCAGUCCGGGAUACCUCUCAACCGCGCCUGCUGGGUCGUCUGCCCCGUCGUCAGUCGGCUUGUCCAGCCCGAUGAUUGGACUCGGUUUUGCUGGCACGACCGCUUCGGGCAACGUCAUCCCGCCCAGCAAGCGCAACAGCUGGGGCAACGCGAUGGGCCAUGUCGCGCAUGUCGGCGCGCAGGGUGUGCUUGAGCUUGGCGAGAUUGCGGAGGAGGACGAGGAGGAGGACGGGAUGAGUGAAGCGGGCUCGUUAGGCUCGCCUCGGCGGAGGAGGACCAGCAGUCGCGGCAGUGUGAGGAGCUCGCCGUCUGUUACGAGUCCGCGAGGGUCGGUGACGGGCAAGAGCGUCGCAGGAUCGCCUAGCCCGCGCAAGUCCCGGCCUGGCAGCUUGUACAUCGACUCGCGACAUGCCGUCAACCUCGAGUCGGUCAUCGAGGCGGCGUCUGAGGAGGCCGCUCAGCAGUCUUCGCCCUCGCCCUCGCCUACCAAGCGAUCGUCCAAGAUCCGCCCGCUCUCGCUUUCCGCCUCGAGCACCUCGUCUCCCGCUGCGACGCCCUCAACCGCCACCUCUCCGACGCAACUGCAUGCCCCGUCGUCGCCGCCUGAUGCUCGCGCACCUUCGCCGAUUGGCGAGAAGCGGCACAUCUCGAUGUUCCACACCGCGGCCGCCUUGGGUCUUGCGCCUGACCCGCCAGCGUCGGGCAUUGCGACGCAGUCUGCGCUCGCUAUGUCAACGCCUCCGCCAGCAGCCCAAUCGCGCGGCGGUCUUCGAUCCCUCUCCAUCGGCAGCGGCGUCUCCACUUCUCCCACGAUCGGCCUCAACGAGCGACGCUUCUCCGGCCGUCCUGCGAGCUUGCAAGUCUCGCCUGCCAGCACCAUCGGCACGCCCACUCGCAAAGUCUCGCCCGCGCCGACCAACAAGCGCUCGUCCAUCUCGUACCGCACAAGCACCGACUCGCCCGCUUCGAUCGCCGCCUCGACUCCGGAAGGCCAGAAGCGCGCUUGGCGUUCGUCGCUCGCUCAGCAGCAGACACCUUCGCCGAGCGUCAUCAGUCCUGCUGUCUCGACGAGGCACUACUCGAGCUUUCCCUUUGGCGUCACGGGCGGAUUCGGCGAUCUCGAGGUCGAGGACGACGGCGACCGCACCGGAGCGCCCUCCUCCGUCUCGGCAAUCAGCUCGCCUGCACACUCGCGCUUGAGCUCGCUUGCGGAUGCUCCCGCUUCCCUCGCUGCCGCAGAAGACGAGCUCGCUUCGCUCCGCGCCAAGGUUGAGGAGCUCGAGCUGCGCAACUCGCAGCUCUCGUCUACGCAUGCGCUCGAGAUCGCCGAGUUCGAGAAGAAGGCAUCGGACGAGGCUCGCGAGAUGCGCUCGCGUAUCGCCGAGCUCGAGUCGCAGGUCGAGGAGGAACGGGUCGCCAGGAGGUUCGAGACGGAGGGAUUGCAGCGCGAGACCGACAUGGCCAAGGAGGCCAUCCAGGACUUGACGGACGAGCGCGACUCGUUGCGCGAGGACGUCGACGGCUGGCGGACUCGGUGCAGCGGUCUCGAGGCGCAGCUCAAGAAGGAGAAGGAGGAGGAUGCGCUCGCUCAGGCGCAGGCCAAGCUCAUCGGUGAGAUGAGGGACCAGAUCUACACUCUCGUCGCCGCUCUCGAGCGCGAGCGCAACGAGCACGCCGAGACUCGCAAGGAGGUCGAGCGGAUCCUCGAGGACCGGGUGAGGGAGGCGGCAGCCGACGUCCAGCACCACAAGCAGGCGUCGUCGCUCGCUUCGAAUGCGUCGUCUGCUUCUCGCGUCACGCCGCCGCCUCCUUCAGCCGCCUCUCGCGAGCGCCAGCACAUCUCUUCCCUCUCCGGCACGCCGGCUACGCUCAAGCAGCCGCGUCCCGACGACCUUGCGCUCAUCAUGGAGGAGGUCGAGGACGACGCCAAUGCCGACGAGGAGGAGGAGGACGGGAACGACGAGCGCGAGCCUUCGCGUCUCGGCGGAACCCGCCACUACUCCAAGUCGACUUCGGAAGGCAGCAUGCUGUCGUCACUCUCGUCCUUCGGCAGGUCGUACACGGGCAACCUCACCGAGGACACAUCGGUUCUGACGGACAUGGACGACUCGUAUUCGUCCAAGGUGCACUCGCCGACAUCGGUUCACUCGUCCUUCGGCAGCGGUCCUUUCCCGCCGCCCGCUUCUCGUACCCGCGACUCGGACGUCUUCGCCGUCGCUCUCGGCCAGCUCGACACUCUUGCCGAGGAGGAAGAGGAGGACGAGGAGGCGGCUCACGGCGACCUCUCGCAGGCGACCCCGCUUGUUGACGACUCACGCCCAAGGACGAGCUCCGACUCGACCUCGACCAGCAGCGAUGUCAUGCCGCGCACACCCGACAAGUCGUCGUCCGAGCACCACCAUCGCUCGUACUCGUUCGUUCGCAACUGGAGCUUCCCGAAGGGCAGCAUCAGCUCGACGCGCAACUCGUUCGAGGACGAUGACCAGACCUUCUUCGGCUACAACAAGCACGACUCGCUCCCUCCUCUGCCGAUUGGCGACCACAUCCUGCCGCCCUUCCUCUCGUCGACGCUCGACAUCGACGAGAACCACGUCGCACUCGUCAUGCCGCCGCCUGUCGAGGGCACGAUCGAGACUGCGCACAUCCGCCGCCCGUCUUCGCCUCGGCCGCUUGACCGUGUCAACCCGCACACACGCCGCCUCUCUGGUCAACACCGCCCGCCUCCUCCUUCGCCGUCUGCGAUGGUCUCGGUCGCCCUCCAGCACCAGCAACAGGGCUCGCGCUUGUCGCAGUCGUCCUCGACCCCGUCCGAUCUGUCGCCCACCAAGUCGCGCUACUCCUUCGGCGCCCUCGUUGGCUCGGUCACCGGCUGGUCGCCUGCAUCCUCAACGUCGUCGAACGCCCCGGUGCACGCUGGACUUCCCGCUCCGGCCUCCUCAAAAGUCAACAGGCCGCCGCCGCCGCCCAUGAGUGCCGGACCACUCAUCGUCGAGGAAGACGAGCCCGAAGGUCGCGAGGAGGACGUCUACAUGACGUCGACCGGACCCGUUCACGGCACGCCCGCCCAGCUGCAGCAUCAGAACCAGCGUCGGCUCCGCUCGAUCCGACCGGAAGAGCAGCCGACUCCCAAGGCCGGCAAGCUUUCGAAGCUCGACUUUACUCGCUCCGUCUGCUGCAUCGACGAGCCCGUCUUCGUCGUCUAG